AUGCAUAAAGAGCUAUUAUAUAAUGUGAAAAAUAAAACCAAAGAUGAAUUAGUUGCAAUGAUUCAAAGGUUUUAUUUGUUUAAGGUAUCCGAGGAUGAAAAUGAUGUAAGUGAAGACUAUAAAUAUGUGAAUAAUAAAGAAUUAGAUGAUGAUUUAGUAAUUUCUAAUCAUCAAAUAGUAGUUCUUAUUAAUAACAUUGUAGAUUUGUAUCAUCGAGCAUUUAAUCAAGUAGAGGAUUUGUAUGUCUCUAAUAAAGACAACAUUAAUUUCGAUGUCACUAUGAAUGAAGAUCAUAAAUUUAAUUUAAAAGAAUUAGAUCAAGAUCUUGAAUAA